AUGGACGCCCUGGACGUCAUCCUGUUGGCUGCCCUCGACGUCGCCAUGGCCCUCGCCGUGGUCGUCGUGGAGGCCGUCGUCUUGGCGUCGUCCACCGGAAUCACCAGAAUUGCUUCGGAUAUGGCUCACAUUGCCAAUAAAGAUUUUAAUGAACUUGAACGAGAUGGUAGCAACUAUCUGACAUGGGCUAUGGAUGUAAAGAUUUAUUUAUCAUCCAAAGGUCUCAUUGGUGCCAUCCAAGAAACUGAUCUUAAUGGUCAAGAAAUUCCUGAAGCAAAUAAGUAUGUUUCAUUACAUUUUAUAAGCCAUCAUCUCCAUCCAGAUCUCAAAAAUGAGUACAUGAUGGAAGAGAACCCAAUGGCUCUUUGGGUUGCACUCAAAGAGAGAUAUGAACAACAAAAGGCAGUAAUCCUACCAGAAGCACAAUGCGAGUGGUCGCUACUCCGUCUUAUGGAUUUUAAAUUUGUAACAGAAUAUAAUUCUGCAGUUCAUAAAAUUGCUUCCAAACUCCGUUUCUAUGAUAAACCUGUUGAUGAUGCAGAAAUGAUUGAGAACACAUUGUCCAUAUUUCUCCCUACAGAGUAUUGUAGCAGCAAUACCAAUAAUCACAAAUUUGGUGGAAAGAAGAGAAACAACUUCAAGGGAAAAUGGAACAACAACAAGAGACAAAAGUACAAGGGCUCAUACAAAGGCAAAGGUAAUUUCAAAGGAAAUUUCAAGAGGCAAGUCCACAAUGACAAUUCACAGGCUUGUCAAAGAUGUGGCUGUAAUAAUCGUAUUACAAAGAAAUUCCAUAUUGCUAAGCAUCUAGUUGAACUAUACCAAAAAUCCAUCAGCAAAGGAAAACAAGUACAAGGGGACAAGUUUGAAGCUCACUUCAACACUCAACCUAUAGAGGCAACUUUCUCCAAAGAUGUUCUUGCAACACAAGAGGAUAAUAAGAUUCCGCAUGAAUUGGAGAACCUCACAAGCAUGAACGACAUGAUCAUGGAAUUCCAGUCCAACGACAUGUUUGGAGACCUCAUAUAG